CCGUCUCUACUGUCUCUAGUGUGCCAUUUGCUGUCAUUUCUGACGGAUCAGCAGCGGUCCGUUAACUUGAAGAAUUUCCUGGAUUUCCAAUUAAAUUAUCAGUGUUAUGACACGCGUACGGUACUAGCGUGUCUGGCGUAAAUCCAUCUCGACAUCGCGAAAUUAUGGAGGCCGAAAACGAAGAGGUGUCCUUGAUGCAGUCUGCAACGGAUGCAUCGACGUCAAUCGAGAACCAUAACCACAACAAAGUACGCAGAAGGAACGUGCCUGAGUCGGUGUCAUCGGCGAGCCUUUCAACAAAAACGGACGGCUGGGUGACAAUUGAUUCGCACGAUCGUGUGCCCCUUGUGAAUUUGUCAGACUCCACGAAAGCAUGGCACGACAGCGUCACGCCGCAGAUACCGGAUCUCGCCGAUGUGGCCGCAGCAGGCAAGCAGCGGAAUGGUGUGCUGACUUGCGAGGACGAUCACGGUGUGACGGAUAUCCUCACGAGCCGCGACAAGAUGAAAAUGAGCGUAAUCCGCGGCAGCAUCGCCAAUCCGGAUCUCACGUUAGGAGAGCUAAGACUACUAGGCUGCAGUAGCGAGGGAUUCGUUAAUGAUGAUGUACGAAGGGUACUGUGGCCAAAACUCUUGCGACUGGUACAAUUGGAUCUCACGCCUGUUAACGGAUUAGAAACUGUACAUACUUAUAUACCAAACGAGAUUUAUCAGCAGAUAUUGAAGGAUGUGGCACGCAGCGGUAGUCAUGUCUCACAGAACGCAACAGAAAAGGAGAUGGAAAAUUUUCAAGAGCAAUUAACUCAGCUUAUGUGUUGGGUACUUCAUAAACAUUCCCAAUUGAAUUAUUACCAGGGUUAUAAUGAUGUGGCAGCAACUGUGUUAGUUGUAAUGGGAUUACAAACAGGCUUGUAUGUGCUCGAAAGUAUCUCGUUAGAAUUCCUGGAAAGAUUCAUGGAAAAAACUAUGGAAAAAGUGAAUCAAGAAUUAUUCUUUAUAUUUGCAUUGCUGGAAAGAGUACAUCCUACACUUUUGGAACAUUUAGAAAAUGUAGAACUGUUUCCACAUUUUGCUUUGGCUGAGUACACGACAUGGUAUGCACACAAGUUUGCAGAAAAUCGAAAAUUGUUACAUAGAUUAUUUGAUUUUUUCCUGGGUAGUCCUCCACUUUUGCCUCUCUAUUUAAGUACAGUAAUUGUUGCACAUAGAGCUACAGAAAUUUUUAAUACUACACCUGAUAUGGGGCACACACAUAAAGUCUUAUGUACGUUACCAGACGACUUGCCAUUUGAAACCCUUUUAGUAGAAGCAAAGAAUCUAUAUCGACAAUAUCCUCCUGAAUCUAUCAGUAAUGAUGUCAGAGAUUAUGAUCAUAAGAGAAAAAUUAAAGAGCAAGAGUGGAAGGCAAAAGCAGAAGCAAGUCGUCAAGAGAGAGAAAGACAAAGAAAAUUAAAAAUUGUUCAAGCAACGCCAAGAAUAUCUUAUCGUAUAAGAAGUUAUAAAACCAUUACCGUUGUAACUAUUUUGGCUUUGGGAAUAUAUGCUUUCAUAAGAUCCUCGACAGGGCUUAACUGACAUUAAAAGAUAUUAUUUGUUGUAAAAAAAAUUAGAAUUUUUACAUAUCUUCUAAAGCAGAAACCCUCCACUUCUUUAAUACAUUGCUAUAAUUUGGAACAAGAUUUAAAAAUUAUAUAAAAGCAAGCACCAAAGAAAUGAAGCAAGGAAUAUAUAUUGCUAGGAAUAACUGAAAAGUUUGGUUGUCAAUAUUUGAGCAAAAAUCUGUUUUAGGACAUGAGUCAGAAUCUUGUGCAUUCCUAUGCUGCCUUUAUGCUGUGUUCUGGAGGCUAACAUGAACU